AUGUUAAGACGAGAUAGUACAUUAAGUAAAUAAUCUCAGGAUGAGGAGAACUAGACAAAAUCUGAGAGCGAGGUUUUGAGACUAAUCCAGAUAUUAAGUUUGGAAUCAUAGGAGAGAACUUUAAUGCAAUUGAAUUAUGUAGCCAGAAAAUUAGAACGAUCCUUUACAUAUUUCAAAAAAUUAAAAUCAUAAUUGAGAGAAGACAUUCUCUUGAAAUUAAUAAAGUCAUUGUUAAUCGAGAGAUUCAAACAGUGUGAGGUGGUGUUUAAUUAAGGAGAAACUGGACGAAAAAUGUAUUUCAUUUUAGAGGGGGAAGUAUCAAUCCUUGUUAAAAAUCAAGACCAUUUCGACACUUCCAUCAACUAGAAAAAAAGUAAAUUGAAAAAAUUUGAAGAUGUUAUGGCUAUUCGUUAUCCUAAUUUUAGACAAGUGGCUGUCAAAAAGUAGUUUGAUUAUUUUGGAGAAAUUGCAAUCGAAUAGAGGAUACCUAGAACAGCAACAGUGAUUGCAAAAGAAGCCACAACUUUGGCCGUGUUAACUUAUGAGUCUUAUUAAAAAUUGCUAAGAGAUAUUACGUAAGAAGCUAUAACAAUAAGAUCAGAACUCAUUACCUAAAUCUACCCUUUUAAUUAACUAAAUGAAACCUCAUUGCAAUAAUUAUUACAUGAUUAUGAAGAAAUUAACCUAAAUGGAGGAGCAUUAUUAUUUAAAAGAAUGUAGAAAGCAGAUUGUCUCUAUUUAAUUAUCUCAGGAGAAGUCUUAGUUUAAAAAUGGGAAGAUGUAAAAAAUAAAGAUGAAUUCGAGGAGGAAAAUUUAAUAGAAACUAAUAUGAUGAGCAAAUCCAACAAAUAAUUAGUGAAUCUAGGAGUUUUUGGCAGAGGAUAAAUGAUAGGUGAUUUUGAACAAUUCUUAAAUCUAAAAUAGACAAUUCCAUUAGUUAGGUGUACCCAAGGAGUUGUCUAAAACCAGGCUAAAAUUUUUAGAAUAGGGCAAAAUUAGUUUAAUGAAAUUAUAAGACAUACCUUAGGAAUGGGCUGGUAUGAAAAUUAUUUAAUUGAAAAAUAUUAACAAAAGCGAAAUAAUAGCAUCCCCAAGAUUAAAUUGACAACUAGAAAUGUCAGAACACAAUCAAAUGUAACUAUCUUAAAUGGUUUCAGAGAUCAAUCUUACAUUAAAAUAUCUAGUAACAAAUACAAAAUAAUUAAAAAUGUUGAAGAAAAAUUACCAACAGUCUCAAAAUAAUCUCCUAAAAGAAAAUUGUAGUUAACAAUCGAUUAUAAGGAUAAGACUAAUCUUAAAUAUUAUAAUGUCGUAACUCCCCUCCAAAAUAAACCACCUUUAAAUUCUAACCAAAAUUUUACAAUGAAAUUCUUUGCUUCUUCUAUGAAACAGAAGAUCUUAGAUUAAAAAAAUGAAGAAACUAUUUAAAAUUUUGGAUCUUCAAAGUAUCUAAAAACUGAACCUUCUAGUGAUUAUAAUAUUCCAACCUGCGGUACAAUUCUAUUGUCUCCAAGAUAUUCUAAAUUUAUUAAAAAAGAAACUAGUUUUCAUCGAUUUAAAUCUUGA